UUCUUUAAUUCUCCUUCCCCGGUAGUGGAUGCGAUGCUUCUAAUCCCGAGCUGUAUCUGUUCAUCCGGGGCCAGGCCAACCCUCUAUCUAAUAAGUGCCACUUCUUUCUCUCAUUCGAAGGCCUAUCGCACCCGAGGGCUUCCCUAUUCUCUCCAUCGGACCCAAGAGAGAGUCAUUCAUUCGAUGAGGAACAGGGGGAGAUCACAGGCAUUUGUUUAUUCCCGACAGCCUAUCGACUCCUUCAAUGACCCGCUAUUGAUCCCGAAAGCAUUCAUUCUCUCCUCGCAUCUUUAUCUGGUCAUCGGAUAGAGGCCGGGAUCGAUCAAGAAAUAUUAGCCAUUUAUUUCUGCCUGCCUUUAUGCAUGCCCAACCCCUGAUGUCUUUAUGUCUUCUCCGGCCCGGGGACCAACCAAAGGCUGUCACUGCUGCAUCAAAUAUUCCCCCGGCCCAGCGGGAGGCAAUAACCCCAGGGGCAGGGGAGCGGGAACCCAACCAGCUGUAGUGGAUCCAGUGUUUCUUAACUUUCAGAAAGAGAAUAUCUGGGGGGAGACGACCUCCUUCAUAAACUAGAACCGAAGAUCAUUUACUCCUGUGUGCUCCUGUAGUGGUGCGUUUUGGUAGAAAUUUACAGCCUAGAUCAUAUGCGAAUGUCUCACACUCCAAAUUGGUGUCUCGCUUGACAGGCUAGGUAACAGGAACGAGUUCUCUUUAUCAGACAUCACAUUAAGAUGGACAGCACAGGCGGAAGGAAGACUGCAGGAUGGCCAACAAAUGUUCGUGUUGCUGUGAUAGGAGACAGUGGCACUGGGAAGUCCAGUCUAAUUGUCACUGUAGCAACUGAUACAUUUCCAGUUAAUGUUCCUUCUGUUGUGCAACCAACAAGAAUCCCUCAGGAUUACUACCCUGAUCGUAUUCCACUAACAAUAAUCGACACAUCAUCAAAGCCUGAGGAUCAGACCAAAAUGGGAGAAGAGUGCAAGAGGGCAGAUGCAAUUGUGCUAACAUAUGCUUGUGACCAGCCUAGCACAUUGGAUAGAUUAUCCGCCUUUUGGCUUCCCGAACUUCGUCGCUUGGAAGUUAAGGCCCCGGUUAUUGUAGUUGGCUGUAAAUUAGAUCUUCGUGAGGAUCAGCCUCAAAGUUUGGAGCAAGUAAUGUCACCACUUAUGCAAGAAUUCCGAGAGAUUGAGACAUGUAUAGAAUGUUCAGCACUGAAGCAGAUUCAGGUUGCAGAAGUUUUUUACUAUGCUCAAAAGACAGUUCUUCAUCCAACAGCACCAUUAUUUGACCAAGAAAAUCAAUCGCUGAAGCCUCGUUGUGUUAGGGCAUUGAAGAGAGUAUUCAUCAUGUGUGAUCAUGACAAAGAUGGUGCUCUUAGUGAUGCUGAGCUUAAUGAAUUUCAAGUUAAAUGCUUUAAUGCUCCUUUACAACCCUCUGAAAUUGUUGAUGUGAAGAGGGUUGUCUCAGAGAGACUUCCACAAGGUGUCAAUGAAAAUGGCUUGACACUGACAGGAUUUCUUUUUCUCCAUGCUCUUUUUAUUGAGAAAGGACGAUUGGAAACUGCUUGGACAGUUUUGCGAAAUUUUGGUUAUGAUGAUGAGAUUAAGCUUAGAGAUGGACUCCUUCCAACUGCACAGUUCAAGCGAGCACCUGACCAGAGCGUAGAGCUAACUAAUGAAGCUGUUGAAUUCUUGAGAGGAAUAUUUUUGUUGUUCGACAUUGACGGUGAUGGUGCAUUGCGACCGGUAGAGCUUGAAGAUCUUUUCUCAACAGCUCCAGCAAGCCCUUGGGAGGAUGGCAUUUAUAAAGAUGCAAUGGAGAAGGAUGAUUUAGGAGCCAUAAGCAUGGAUGGAUUCCUUUCUCAGUGGGCUUUUAUGACCCUUCUAGAUCCUGCCAAAAGCCUCGCCACUUUGAUUUACAUUGGGUACCCAGGUGAUCCUGCUGCUGCAUUUCAUGUUACCCGUCGUCGACGAUGGGACCGCAAAAAGCAACAUUCUCAGAGAAAUGUCUUACAGUGUUUUGUUUUUGGACCUGCAAAGUCCAGGAAGUCUGCAUUGCUGAAUUCUUUAAUUGGAAAGCAGUUUGUUGAAAGAUACACACCAACUAAUGGUGACCGUUAUGCAGCAAAUGUUGUUGAUACAAUGGGGGGAACGAAGAAAACUUUAGUAAUGCGUGAAAUUUCAGAGGAUGGGGUGCAAAAGCUUUUGGUAAAUAAAGAAUCGUUGGCUGCAUGUGAUGUGGCCCUGUUUGUUUAUGAUAGUUCAGAUGAAGCUUCAUGGAAGAAAACUGCCGAAUUGCUAGUGGAAGUUGCAACACAUGGGGAAAAUAGUGGCUUUGAGGUUCCAUGUCUCAUGGUAGCAGCAAAGGAUGAUUUAGACCCACACCCAGUGCCAAUUGCAGAUUCAGCAAGGGUAAGCCAGGAUAUGGGUGUUGAAGCACCAAUUACUGUCAGUAUGAGGUUGGGUGAUAUUAGUAAUUUGUUCUGCCGCAUUGUUGAUGCUGCUCAACGACCCCAUCUGAGCAUUCCUGAGACUGAAGUUGGUAGAAGCCAGAAGCAGUAUCGCCGUCUAGUCACUCGCUCUCUCACAGUUCUAUCUGUUGGUGCAGCAGUUGCAGUCGUGGGAUUAGCUGCAUACAGAGUAUAUGCAAUAAGAAGAGCUAACUCCAAUUAAUUUCAGGUGGCUUCCUUAGAAUCCUCCAUUGGACUCGCAUAUUUUUCGUUCUUACUCAUAGCUAUGUGGUGAUUGCCAACCAGUAAAAAGCAUUUUGAGUGAUCUUUUUAACAGUGGCGAAGGUGUAUGAUUUAAGCGAUUCAGAGAGUCUAUGUGCUCUUAUAUAUUGGUGGCAUUCUGUCUUCUGUUUUCAUAUAUUUGUUUAAGAAGUCCUAGAUUUUUGAAUGUUAGAAAUAGGGGUUUCUACAAUAGAAGUUACUUUCUUCAAAUUCUCACCAAGGCUUGGUUUUGACGUGACAAUUUUAACAAAUAUUUGGUUAUCGUGUAUUGAGGCAUGGAAAGAAAUCUGUAUUUUAUGCAAUCUAUAUCGUGUAAUUACACGUUGAGAAGUUGGCUGGUCUUAAGGAUCCAUUUUUUAUAGGACAAUUUACCUUUCUGUUGGCCUGACAUUCAAUAAAAUCGUCUAGGACAGUUUAUUA